AUGGUGGCACCUUGCAGCUCAAUUACACCAAGGGCGAAGGAGGGCUUCCAUUUCCACCAAGCCCAGUGGGUGACGGGCAACCGGGUGUCCUGUGAACUUUUCCAGGCCCAGGCCAUGACUGGAGUGGCACCUGCCAGCUGUGUUCGACCCGCUCCUAGUAGCACAGCUGAACACUUGCUCUGCACAUGUGCGCUGCGAUUUUCAAGCAGGGACACAGGGGAGAGAUUUGGACUGCAGUAUGUGGAGCCAGGCUGUCGCCCUGUUGUAUUAAACUGGGACAAGAACAAGGCACAGCCUGACAUCCCAGCUGCAGAAUUGGAGACAGAGCAUCACUGCCCUGCUGCUGUAGUGAGCACAGACACUCAGGAGGCCAGAGGCAUUGUCCAGGACGCUCCGGUUAGACCAGUGCCAAUCCUGUCUUCACAGCAGCGCUCUGAAGCAGUUUCCAAGUCUCAGCCGCCCUUGUUACCAGCUUCUGCCGCAGUUAAAUCAGAGACUCAGCCUUUGAUGGAUACAGGCCUGCCAGUGGUAGCGCUGCUGCCUGUAUCAUCCUCUCCCCGGGCCACCCGCACUGGACCCAUCAAGAUCGGGGGCCUUAUUCAAGUCCUGGACCAUAGCCGGUGGACAGAAGCCAUGAGAGCUUCCAUUGAUGGGCUCCUGAUAAAGCAUCAUGGAGCUAAAGACAUUUUGAAGCGGGUUGAUGCCGCCAUGGUCCAGAGAUCGUGCACUGACCCCAACAGCCUCCUGCAUCCUACCACAUGCCAACAUAUCUCUAGAUAUGUAAAACAUCUGGCCAAAUUAAAAAACACAAGCUCCUCACUCAAUACCAGCCCAGAGAAGGUUUUGGAGACACAGCAGCUGUGACAGAAUUUGACCACAGGCAGCCAAACAGUCAGUGUGCCUGUCACAACCCUGCCUCCACCUGUGACUCCCUCCCAGGAUGAGUCACUGAGCCGGGCCACGGUGGAGAAGAUUGUGACCGGGAUCCUGGAAAAACAACAACAACAUCAGCAGCAGCAGAAGAAAAUGA